AUGUCUGUUAGUCAGUAUAACUAUAAUUACAUAUUUAAAUAUAUUAUAAUCGGCGAUAUGGGAGUUGGAAAAUCCUGCCUUCUGCAUCAGUUCACGGAACAGAAAUUUAUGCCCGAUUGUCCGCACACGAUUGGCGUCGAAUUUGGCACGAGAAUAAUCGAAGUUUCGGAACAAAAAAUAAAGCUUCAGAUAUGGGAUACAGCCGGACAAGAACGGUUCCGUGCCGUCACCAGAUCGUACUACCGUGGAGCGGCUGGCGCGCUGAUGGUUAUAUUCCUGAUCGGCAACAAAAGUGACCUUGAGAAAGAAAGGGACGUUCCGUAUGAGGAAGCGAAGCAAUUCGCCGAGGAAAACGGUCUCCUGUUCUUGGAAGCCAGCGCGAAAACGUAA